AUGGAGCUAAAAAUCUACUCCCAUUUGCUGAUUAUCCCACUACAUCAUCACGCUGCCCAAACAGAUUUUACAGUUCAUAAAAAUUUUAAGCCAACAAAAUGCAACCGAAUACAACAGCAUGCAUGGGUGGUUCUAGGGGGUGCCAAGGGACAAAGGCCCUCAUCAGAUGCGGUGUUGAGGGAGCAAUCUCAAAGGGGGCAGAGCUGCUGCGCCAAACUCCUCGUCUUCCUCUCCUUCAUCGUCGUCAUUCUCACCUUCCCUGUUGCCAUCUGCCUCUGUUUGAAGGAUGGAUCUGUUUGGAUUCGAACCCAGACAGACUCUCGAACCCAGACUCUCGAACACAGGAAAGCUAAACAGGCGUCUUUAAUUUUUACCCUAUCACUGUUGAUAAUUGCUCUAUUGAUAGUUGCUGGAAAGGUGAUGUGUGUGGCCUUUCCUGUCUGUCUUGCAUUGCUUGCGUUUACCGGGUUCAAAUGCAAACAAAUCUCCAUCAAUAGUGUAGUUCAACGUGUGUGA